AUGGGAGUGGGGGAGUGGAGGAAGAAGUGGGGGGAGACGUGGAGGAAGAAGAGGGGGAGACGUGGAGUAAGAAGUGGGAGGGGGAGAGACGUGGAGGAAGAAGUGGGUGGGGUGGAGGUCGGUCCGUGCCAAGGGCUACGCCGCGGCGACUGCCUAGUCGCUGUCGCUGGACAGCAUCUGCUCGUCAGUCUCGUUGCAGGGGCUGAGGCCCUGUACGUGCACGUACCCGGGGCCGUACAGGCACAGGCGUAU